CAGCUGUUUACGGAAGUUAUCAUGUAUCCAGGUUUAAAAAAAGACAACAAAUAUGCAUAUAUGUUUAAAAAAAAAUAUCAUCCUUUAAAAAUGGCUGCCUCCAACAAAAUUUCGUCAGAUCAAAAUUUUAAUAUGGAUAAUGAAUUUAAUAAAUUGUCAGUAAAAAACGAUUCUGGAUUAAGUAAAAAUGAUAAAUUUUAUGGGAUAGUAUUCCUGAGCGCAGUGACAGGAAUUUCAACACUGAUAGGUUUUGGUACAGCAGUAGCUGGCAUGAGAAAACAAGACCCAAAAUAUUUCCAAGAAGGUGUUGUGGGUGUCAAAGGAGCAUCCGAAGCCGGUGUUUCUCUUGCAAUGAGAGCACUGGGUAUAGGAACCGUUUACGCUGUUACAGGAUGCGGUUUGCUGUUCUACGGCAUUUGGAAACUUUCUGGAGCCACUAACGCUCUGGAGUUCCGUCAGAAAAUGGGAUCAAUCUUACCUCAGAUUCCUAAAAAUAAUCCUCCUAAAAGUAGAACUGAAUUCGAGGGACUUAAUGAUCUCUUGAAGUACGUGUCUGAAGAAUGGGGCAAAGAAAGUACAAGUGAUACCAAAUAAUUAUACCAAUUAUCUAAAUUAUUAAAAUAAAUUUUAUAAAUUGUUGUACUGACUUUAAAUAAAUAUUUUUUUUUUUUAUUUAA